UUAGAAUCACGUGGCAACGUUAUCACCGUCCAUUCGCCGCUGACAGUCUGACACCCCACCACUCCAGGUCAUAAAUAAAGCAAAAUUUGAUAAGUGAAAUUUCAAUUUUAAAAUUCUCACAUUGACAAAACAUUAAACAAUGAUAAUACUGUACGGGAGCGAGACUGGGACGGCGCAGGACGUUGCAGAAAGGAUCUGGCGCGAGUCAAAACUAUUGGGGAUUGAUGCGAGCAUUAAAGCGAUGGAUGAUUACACAAUAAGCAAUCUUAUAUAUGAGAAAAUAGCGAUAUUCGUUGUGUCAACAACAGGUCAGGGAGACACGCCUUUCAACAUGAAAAAAUCUUGGAGAUUCCUUUUGAGAAAAAACUUACCCAGCAAUUCUUUAUUAAAUUUGAGGUUUGGGGUUCUGGGUCUUGGUGACUCGUCUUUCGUUUACUUUAACGUUGUCGCAAAGAGACUCGCAAAGCGCUUGAAGGGCUUGUCGGCCAAGCCGCUUUGUCCGAUCGGGCUGGCUGAUGACCAGCACGAUCUGGGCCAGGACGCAGUGCUCGUCCCGUGGAUCAACAACCUCUGGGAAGUACUCACAUCAGAUGGUUACCAGAAUAAUAUCAGCAGGAUGACCAGACUUAGCAGCUCACCUGAUUUAAUACUGAGGUGGAAUGCAGAAAUAUGUCAAGAAAUGGAAAGCAACCCUAUUAAAAUCAAUUUCGGCUCUGGUGGUAAAAAAUACCAGGUCCAACUUAUUUCAAACGAACGUACUACUCCGAAAGAGCACUUCCAAGAUGUGCGGCUGAUCAAAUUCAAAUCUUUAGAGCCCAAUUUGGAAUACUAUCCUGGAGAUGUGGCUAUUGUCAUGCCUGAAAACUCGGUGGAAAACGUUGAAAAAUUCCUAUCACUUUUAUCUAGCCCGAAUAGAGAAGAAAAACUCUUUGGUGAUACAGUCAUCAAACUUGAAAAUGUCUACUCAGAAAUGCCGGUUCCUGAAGCCUUACAACAUCCGUUCACACUUUAUGAAUGUACAAAAAAGUUCUGGGAUUUGAACUGCAGUCCAAGGAGGUAUAUGUUCCAAGUGAUGGCCCAAGUAACAGACAAUGAAUUAGAAAGGGAUAAGCUUUUGGAGCUUAGUUCGACUGAAGGGCAAGAGGAACUUUUCAACUAUUGCUACCGACCCAGAAGAACUGUACUAGAGGUUUUACGUGAUUUCCCACAUGUCAUGAAGGACAUAAGUUUAAAACAUUUGUUUGAAAUGCUUCAGCCGAUUCGUCCAAGACAUUUUUCAAUAGCCUCGUCCCCAAUUGCUGACAACGAUCUUCAGCUUUUGGUAGCGGUGGUUCGAUAUAAAACAAAAUUAGUCGCCCCACGUGUCGGACUGUGCUCAACCUGGCUCUCAUCGCUGUACAAAGGUUAUCAAAUGGAAAUUGCGAUUCGUAAAGGUUCGUUGGCAUUUCCAGUCGAUAGUGACACUCCAGUCGUAAUGGUCGGCCCAGGUACGGGAAUCGCUCCAUUCCGAAGCUUCAUCCUCACGGAUCUGGCUCUCUUGAAGAACUUGCAGAAAAACCAACGCGAGCUGAUUUUGUUCUUUGGAUGCCGAAACAUGAAAGCAGAUUUUCACUUUGAAAAUGAUCUCUCUCGGCCUGAGAUAACCCUUUUUACGGCAUUUUCAAGAGAUCAGCCACAUAAAAUUUAUGUCCAACAUUUAUUAGAAAGAAAUUCUAAUGUUAUAUACAAUGCUAUUUAUAAAAACAAUGGCUACUUUUUUGUCGCAGGAAGUGCCAACAACAUGCCUCAAGCUGUGCGAGCUUCUUUAAUAAAGUGUCUUAAAAAGGAGAGUGGGCUCAGUAAGCAAGAGAUCGAAAAAUAUAUCUCUGAGAUGGAGAUGAGUAAAAGAUUCCAGAGCGAAACUUGGAGCUAAUGUGUUCAAAAGCAAUUAACUGUCUGUGAUAAUUACUACCAUUGUGCAACAAAAAUUUGUAAUAGUCUGUAAAAAUUAUUAAACUUUUCAAAGAAUUCUUCA